AUGUUCAAAAACACGUUUCAGUCAGGGUUUUUGUCAAUACUUUAUAGCAUUGGUUCCAAGCCCUUGCAACUGUGGGACAAGAAGGUACGCAAUGGACACAUUAAGCGCAUCACCGACAAUGACAUCCAAAGUCUGGUGCUUGAAAUUGUGGGCACCAAUGUAAGCACAACGUUCAUAACAUGUCCGGCGGAUCCAAAGAAGACGUUGGGCAUAAAGUUGCCAUUUCUGGUGAUGAUUAUUAAGAAUAUGAAAAAGUACUUUACCUUCGAAGUUCAAGUUCUAGAUGAUAAGAAUGUGCGACGGCGGUUUCGUGCCAGCAACUAUCAAUCGACCACACGGGUGAAGCCAUUUAUUUGCACAAUGCCGAUGCGUUUGGACGAAGGGUGGAAUCAAAUCCAAUUCAAUCUAUCGGACUUUACACGCCGCGCCUACGGCACCAACUAUGUGGAGACGCUGCGUGUGCAAAUUCAUGCCAAUUGUCGAAUACGACGCGUAUAUUUCUCGGAUCGUUUAUAUUCGGAGGAUGAGCUACCGCCAGAAUUCAAGUUAUUCCUACCCAUACAAAAGCCAGUGCAGAAAGCGACGGCCAUAUGCAGCUAGUUGUCCACCACCAAAAUACAUCAUUAUCAACUCAAGAUGAUUUUUAGCAGAUGCACGCGAGUCUACAUAAAUUCACAUGCAAGCCGGCAUAAGUAUUUAUUAACAUUUUAUGUCCAAUCUAUACGCUUUAUUCAAAACUUUGCAAUAAAAAAUUCAAAACAU